GCUCCGGUCGCACUCCCGCCUCCGGGUGGCCGCGGGCUCGGGCUCGGCGCCCGGACGACGGCGCGGCGACCGCCAUGGGCAACAAGCAGACCAUCUUCACGGAGGAGCAGCUGGACAACUACCAGGACUGCACCUUCUUCAAUAAGAAGGACAUCCUCAAGUUGCACGCACGGUUCUACGAGCUGGCCCCCAACCUCGUCCCCAUGGACUAUAGGAAGAGCCCCAUCGUCCACGUGCCCAUGAGCCUCAUCAUCCAGAUGCCAGAGCUCCGGGAGAACCCCUUCAAGGAAAGGAUCGUAGAGGCUUUUUCAGAGGAUGGUGAAGGCAACCUCACCUUCAACGACUUUGUGGACAUGUUCUCCGUGCUCUGUGAGUCGGCUCCCCGCGAGCUCAAGGCAAACUAUGCCUUCAAGAUCUACGACUUCAACACAGACAACUUCAUCUGCAAGGAGGACCUAACGCGGACGCUGGCCCGGCUCACCAAGUCUGAGCUGGACGAGGACGAGGUGGUGCUCGUGUGCGACAAGGUCAUCGAGGAGGCCGACCUGGACGGGGACGGCAAGCUGGGCUUCGCCGACUUUGAGGACAUGAUCGCCAAGGCCCCCGACUUCCUCAGCACCUUCCACAUCCGGAUCUGAGGACACUGCUGAGGGUGCGGGGCCCAGAAGCUGACCCUCUGGCUCUGCUGUCUACACGAGUGACCUCCAAGCUGCCCGGAAAAGACGCUGUGGCCUCUGGGGUCAUACCAACAUUUCCUUGGCCCUUUCAGCAAAAAAUCCUUAGCCAGGGAAGGGGGGGGGUGUGAGGGCAGGGCCCUUCCCAGACUCCAGACCCCACCACAGGCCCUCCUCCGUCCCCCCCGAGCUCCCCAGACCCUCAUCCUCUCCCCGCCGGAAAUGGCUGCCCCGAGGGGGGAAGGCACAGGCCUCGCGGGGCAGGGGAUACGGACGCGUCCCGGUGCUGGGCAGGCGUCCUGGUCGCCCAGGGCAAAGCGAAAAAUGAAAGAGACCAAGGUUUUGUGAGCUGCACGGUCUUUCUCCAGAACCCAGUGCGAAGCUGUGUGGACGCUGGGCAGAGGGCUCCAUCCCUGUCCCCGGCUCUGGGCACCGAGACGGAAUCCUCACUGGUGCGUGCUGUCCACACACUGGUGAACUUCUGGGAGUAAAGCACUUUUGCGUCCCUG